GGAGAAGCAGCUUCUCAUACGAGCUAAUUUUACAGCUGUAUUAAGUGGACGAAGGAGAAAAUGAAGUCUGUUCUUGUUUUUCUACUGACGCUCACACUUGGUCGAUGCACCAUCUAUGAGAACUUUGAGACAAAGACUGUUGGUGUUGGAGAUGAUGUGACUCUGACAUGUCCUCGUGAUGCUUCUUGGUAUUCAACACAAUUAUUCUGGUUCCGGCUCAUUUCUGGAGAUUUGCCUGAGGUUUUGGUAGGAACUAAUGCCAUUGAUUCUGACCUUGUUGAAGAAACUCCUGGAUUCACAGCAAAAAAAGAGCCUGGAACAUUUGUGGUGAUUAUUAAUGGAGUAAAACUCGGCGACACUGGACUUUACUUUUGUGUGAAACGAGAGAGUAUUAAAAUGACAGUUUUAAAAGGAACAUUUCUGCAGAUUAAAGGACCAGAGCCCAGUAUCACCGCAGUCGUUCAAGACAUUUCACAGGAUCCAGUCCACCCAGGAGACCUGAUGACUCUGCAGUGUUCUGUUCUCUCUGAGUCUGAAAACAACACAUGUCCAGGGAAACACAGAGUGUUCUGGUUCAGAGCCGGAUCAGAUGAAAAUCAUCCCAGUGUCAUUUACACUCAUGGAAACAGACCUGGUGGAUGUGAGGAGAGUCCUGAGGCUCACUCUCCACAGAAAUGUGUCUACAGCUUCUCAAAGACCAUCAACUCCUCCGACUCCGGGACUUAUUUCUGUGCUGUGGUCGCAUGUGGAGAGAUAUUGUUUGGAAAAGGGACAAAGAUUGACAUCAAAGAACGAACAGCAAGUUUUGAAUUGAUCGGGCUGGUCAUAGCGAUACUCUGCUUGGUGAUUUCUCUGAUUGGAAAUGUUUCUCUCAUUUGCUUCCAAACUCCGAGAGAAGAAAGUGAACAAUCUAAAGCUGCUGUCGUCCUGCAAUUAAACAGCGAGAGGGUGAAAAAUCAACAGAUUGAUGAGGAGACUAAAGUUUACUCUGCUGUGGUCUUCACCAUGAGGAAAGCUGACCGUGGUGCAGUGAAGGAUGCAAAAUUAGCGCAGAGGAAAAGGAUGUGUGCUGCUGUGAAGGAUUUUGGUUUGAAUUAGUGAGUGAAAAGGUCCGUUUGGCUACAUGUGAUUUAGCUGGUUUUAGUUUGUUUAAAGCUUAAGAAAAUGCUGAUUACCUCCAAAUAUCUACACUUAGAUAACUUAAGGAGGUGCUAUGAAUAUUCUAUCAGGCAGGUUGUGACUGUAUUGGUAUGUGUAUGCAAAUGAUAUUCUAUAAUUCAUAAUAAAAUGUAUUUGUCAAACCUCCUUGGAUUAAAGGACUGUAACAUUCAAGCUU